UUCGACAAGUCAGUAAAUGUGUUAAAGAUAAAAAUGACCUAACACCGAUAUUUUUUACCUAAAGAAGAAUAUUUAUUAAUGUCAGCGUUAUCUAGCAGAUAAGGUAAACGAAAGACACAGUUCGUUCUUCGUGGACACGUUGUGUUGAAAUCUGCUGGGACUAAAGUUUCAAGAGGGUCUAAGCAAUGGCCACCAGUAAAAACGGUAACUUCAAAACGCAAGCAAUCAUCUGAGCAAAAUCGUACUACAAAGUCAAUGUCAAAAGUGAAACCCAUCGUUCCUCCAAACUUUGUGGAGAAUUUAUUUAAGCAGACAAGAUUUUCGAAGAAAGAAAUCGUUGGAUUAUGCAAACUAUUUAAAAAACUCGUCGCUAUUUAUGGCGCCGAAUCGACGUCUUCGGUAGCGGCAAUGAGCUCGGUUGUUUUAAUAACGAUCCCAACGCAGGGUUUCGACCGGUUAAUGUUCAGAGAAUUCCUGCAAAUCGAAUUCGGAAUCGCAACCGAGGAGAUUUUGACAGACCGUAUAUUUUGUUUUUUCGAUCAACGUAAUGACGGCGUCAUACACGAAGACGAAUGGAUAACUGGGUUGUCGGUGCUGUUGAAAGGCACACAGGACGAACGCAUCAAAUACACGUUCACCAUAUAUGACCUAAACAACGACGGAUUUAUAACGAAAGAAGAGAUUUUCAGUCUGUUAAGGAACUGUUUGGUCAAACAUCCGCAAGACGAGGAUCCGGACGAAGGAGUACGAGAACUUGUCGACAUCGUAUUGCGCAAAAUGGAUUGUGACAAAGACUCAAAACUUUCUUUUGAAGAUUUUUCUACAUCUGUCAACAAACAAUCGUUAUUGCUAGAAGCGUUUGGGCAAUGUUUACCAUCAAGAGAAAUGUCUGAGAUCUUUGUAAACUCUAUUAACAAUAUGCAGUAAAAUAUUUGAUAUGAUUUCAACAGCUAACAAGAAUAAUGUAAUUAUUUGGAAAUUUUGUUUGACCACAUCUUAUUAUUAUCAGUCAUUUUUUUAGA